UUCUAAGGCUAGACGAAAAAUUAUUUUUUAUUUGUACCAAGAGUUAAGGAUGACUUGAAGCAUGAAGCUCCAUGUACAAAAUGCACAUAUUGACCCUUUCCUUCCACUGCGAUAUUACUGGUGCUUCUUCUAACCUGGGUGUGGCCCUCAGUGCUAGAUAAGAUUCCAGAGUGGAGCAGUCAGAGAUUGGGUCUUGCUCCACCUAGCACUGGCGUCCUGGGGGUGUGGAGGGUGGGGGGAGGUGGGAGCCUUAUACGUGACGCAGGGGCUAAGCCUGUGAUCGUGGCUAAGGGCGUGGGUCUCACUCGCGGAACGCGCAGCAAGCCCCGAAGCCCGCAGAGGAAAGCACAGCACUCCCUCAUCCCCAUUCCUGGCCAGAACUGCGGCUCGGCGCUGUCAGGGUCGCGAGGGGGGCCCGAGGGUGGGAAGUGGGGAGAGAGGGCGGUAGGACCCGGCGGGAGCUUUCUCGGCCAGGAAGGGAACAGGGAGGGAGGAAAGGAGGGAGAGAAAGAGAAAAAGGGAAGGUGAUGGGGAGCAGACGUCCGCACUCGCCGCGCCGCACGAGUUGCACGGCUCGGGCAGACCGGACCUGGACUCUAUAUAAGGAGCCCAUCCGCUCCGCAGCUCACACGUUCCCAUCGGACUGGCGCACGCCGCGUCCCUCGAACUCCCCCAGACACCUGCCCUUUCCCCGUGUGCCGCACCAGGUCGUCCAGCCCCGCGCGCCCAGCAGCAUGGCUCUCAGAGGUGCCUGUGGGACCAGGGUGGCGGUGGCGGCGGCGCGGCGCGGCACGAGCAGCCGCAGCUCCAGCCCGCGAGUCCCCACUCUUGUGGUCUCGUCUCCGUGGGGCAGCUCGCCCUAGUAGCCAGCGCGUGAAAAGAGAGGGAGGGCAAAGCUCAAACGCGAGGCACGGCGCAGCGCGGCUCCCAGACUUCACCCCACCCAGCUCUGGCGGCAGCAGCCGCCUCAGGAAAGUGCCCCAGCUUGGGGCGAGGGGCGGGAAUGCAAGACCAGGACUCUUCGCUUUGGGAUCGACAGCUAGGAAACUCCUGCGGCCAGAGUCUGCAGAUCCAGGAGCGCCCGAGUUAGGAGACGCUCAGCCCCGAGCAGCCGGGGUAAGAGACCCCACUUGGCCGAAGCCCUCUCCUCAAGCAAUAUUUCACCCGUCUCCACUAGACACCUCCACGGAGCCGGAGGAAGGCUUCGUGGGCCAGUUCUUAGGAACCCAGGACUAAGACGGGGCGUGGAGAGGAGCUACCAGGGACGCGGCAGCAGCGCCGGGCGCGCUGGAAGUGCAGGGACGCGCUUGGCUGCUUUGGCUGCCGCACCCUUGACCUCUAGUUUUAGCUGGGAACUUAGGCGGAGGAGUAAUUGUGGAACCAAAAGAACUGACUAGCAACCGGGGACAAACCUGUGAUCUCCAGGGUCCUUCCGCCCUCUCCCUCGUCCGCUCCAUGCCUAAGAGCUGCGCUCCGAAGUCGGGCGAGGAAAGCCAUGGAGGAACCGGGUGCUCAGUGCGCCCCGCCGCCGCCCGCGGGCUCCCUGACCGGGGUUCCUCAAGCCAACUUCUCCACCGCUCCCUCCCACAACUGCAGCGCCGAGGGCUACAUUUACCAGGACUCCUUCGCCCUGCCCUGGAAAGUGCUGCUGGUUAUACUGCUGGCGCUCAUCACCUUGGCCACCACGCUCUCCAAUGCCUUUGUGAUCGCCACAGUGUACCGGACCCGGAAGCUGCACACACCGGCUAACUACCUGAUCGCCUCCCUGGCGGUCACCGACCUGCUCGUGUCUAUCCUGGUGAUGCCCAUCAGCACCCUGUACACAGUCACCGGCCGCUGGACACUGGGCCAGGUGGUCUGUGAUUUCUGGCUGUCGUCGGACAUCACUUGUUGCACUGCUUCCAUUCUGCACCUCUGCGUGAUCGCCCUGGACCGCUACUGGGCCAUCACGGACGCCGUGGAAUACUCAGCUAAAAGGACUCCCAAGAGGGCGGCGGUCAUGAUCGCGCUGGUGUGGGUCUUCUCCAUCUCUAUCUCGCUGCCGCCCUUCUUCUGGCGGCAGGCCAAAGCCGAGGAGGAAGUGUCGUCCUGCGUGGUGAAUACCGACCACAUCCUCUACACCGUCUACUCCACGGUGGGCGCUUUCUACUUCCCCACCCUGCUCCUCAUCGCCCUCUACGGCCGCAUCUAUGUGGAAGCCCGCUCCCGGAUUUUGAAGCAGACGCCCAACAGGACAGGCAAGCGCCUGACCCGAGCCCAGCUGAUAACCGACUCCCCCGGGUCCACGUCCUCAGUCACCUCUAUUAACUCACGGGCUCCCGACGUGCCCAGCGAAUCUGGGUCUCCUGUGUACGUGAACCAAGUCAAGGUGCGAAUCUCCGACGCCCUGCUGGAAAAGAAGAAACUCAUGGCCGCUAGGGAGCGCAAAGCCACCAAGACCCUGGGGAUCAUUUUGGGAGCUUUUAUUGUGUGCUGGCUGCCCUUCUUCAUUAUCUCCCUGGUGAUGCCAAUCUGCAAGGAUGCCUGCUGGUUCCACCUGGCCAUUUUUGACUUCUUCACGUGGUUGGGCUAUCUCAACUCCCUCAUCAACCCCAUCAUCUAUACCAUGUCCAAUGAGGACUUUAAACAAGCGUUCCAUAAACUGAUACGCUUUAAGUGCACAAGUUGACUUGCCAAUUGCAGUGGGGUUGCCUAAGUGACCUUUGGGGACCAAGUUGGGUCUGGUUCCGCAGGUAGGUCGAAUCUUCUUUAGUGAUUACUGGGUCAGAGCUAGGCUCUCUCUCCUGGGCCAGGGCAAUGCGUCCUGAGAAGCCAGGAUAGUUCUGAGAGAGCACUCUGAAAGGAGAACUGUUCAAACUAAAUGUAGAGCUUCCCUGUUGAGGAGGAGGCUCACUUCCUCCCCUCAAACCUUGGGUUCCGCACUGACCCUGCAGCAGCCAAUCACAAAGAGGGUUGCAACUUUUUAAAAUUGAUGCUGAAAGGGGAUCCCUGCCCUGCUUUGGUAUCAUGGAUGAUGCCCUCUAGAACGAGUGUCCUUGUAGUUGUUGUCUGAAGCGUGUCUGAGACAGAUCUACAUACAGCCUGGCAGUACUUGAACUAGACACUUAAUACCCUGUGUUUGGGGGAGAACUUUGUGUUACAGCUUAAUUUAAGAACAGUUACUUUGACAUCCUUCGGUCUUCAGUUUUUGUUUAUUUAAACUUUGUUGGAGAAACUGUGGAUUUGGUGCUUCAAACCCUAUGUGUGGCUUGGAUGGCACAGAGAAGCCUUGAAGAGUUAACAGGAAAAUUCAGAUGCUGAGAUUCUAUUUUUAUUAUAUUUGAAACUAUAUGGGUGUGGGGGUGUGGGAAGGGGAAAUGGGAAUCAUUAAACUGAGAAUCAAUAACUAUUGAUUGUUUUCUGCAGAUUUGUAAUUUUUAAAAUUCUGUUUAACAAUUGUCAAACCACAACUCUUAACAACUCAAACAAAAUAUUAUGUGUACUAGUGCCAAAGUCUGCAGAUUGCAUUAUUUUUUUUCUCUACUUUCAUGUAUCUGUCAUUUAAAUUACACAUCUAAAUCCCCGUAAAUGGAGGGUAUGAUGGGUGACUCAGCCCGAACUGCUGCUAUAUUACUUACUAAUGCAAUGGGUAAAACCAAUUAGUAUUAGGUAGACACUGUUCCUUAACAAGAAAAGUAUCUUUAUUCCUUAUCCAACUCAGUGAGAUGUGAAGGAGACUGAUGAAAGAGGAAUGGUUCUUAGACAAUUAAGGAAUGGGGGGCAAUAGGAGGAUGUAUAUUUUGACUUGUAAAAAAAAAUCUUAAAAUGCAUGAGAAUUUUUUCUGAUAGUCAUUUGCACUCUCCUUCUCAUCUGUGAUUCCUUUGUGUGCCAACAUAUAAAGUAAUGAAGAGAAGUAGCUCCCUUCUCCAGAAAUCUUCAAAAUGCAUUAAGGGCCCUAAAAAAACCACAUUAAAGAAAAACUAGACGUAUUUCUUUUCCUUUGCUAUUGAAGUUUUGGCAGGAACAAAGAUUACUAGAAAAUGACAAGCAAGAACUUUAGAAAAAGAGAAGCUAAAAUUGAGUCUGUUGUCUUUGUAACUUGUAAAACCAACCUCAGACUUAAAAAGUUUAUCAGGAAACAGGCAAAACUUUGAACCUUGUAAAUUUGUCACUGACUUGACAUCUCAAUGAAUAUAAUAUCUAGAAUACUUUAAAUUUAUCUGUCUUUUCAAAUGUCAACAAUACUUAGUUGAUAUCUCAAAUUCACUCUGUGAAUACAGGGUAAAGUCACACACUAAAAUAUUAAAAAAUUAUUAUCUUAAUAAAAAGAACUACCCCUAAAGGAUUAUUAGCACAGAAAAAAAUAUAUGUAUGGGCAGCAUUUAAUAUGCCAAAGAAGAUUCACAUUCGUUUCUUCAGAGGGUUUUCUGCAGUUGAUGCCUUUUGUCUGCAGAAACAAGUUGUCUUUGUAAAAUGGAUUCUCUCCCUGCUUGAAACUCCCCAGUCUAGAUUGUCAGACAAUAGAUGUAUUGAGCUGAAAUACACUGUGUGCCUACUGUGCAGACCUUCACUCUGGGGUAAUGACUCUUGAGAAUAUACUAUUGAAAGGUUCUCAUGUAAGAUGCAUGAAAAAGGGAAUUUUGAUCAACAUUUACACCUCUCACUGGAGUGAGAUAAAAUUUUAGGCAUUAGAUAAGCCUAUACUUAUGCUGGAUCCCCAAAUUUCUUUUUUUGCUUUUUGUGAUAUUUCUCCUAUGGAGGAAUGUGGAUAGCGCACAGCAUUUGUUUUUUAUUUUUAAUAUGUUGUUUUUCUAUUUAUACAACUGUGUUUUCUUUGGGCCUAAAAGGCAAUUAAGUCAACUUCUAAAAGCCUUAGGGGGAAAAAUAAAUUGAAACAAAUAGCCACUUACAAAUGAUUUCUUUACAGGGCACCUACAAUGAUUGUGUCCUCAUAUUAACAAAAUACAAUCAAUGUAGUCAAUGGGUUGUUUGCUAUUUUGUAGAUUACCCACCUAAACUAUUGCUUGACUAUUUGGCUGUAUUAACUGGAUUUGGGGCAUAUUGUGUGAAGUAGAAGCUUGCAAAACCCUUGUAGUUAUAAGAGAUCUAGAAUCAUCAUCUAGCAUUGCACAUGAUUAUGCAAAAUGUAUAAUUCAUCCCAGGGGUAUGUACUUAAGACUGUUAAGCUCCUUUUCAGUUACUGCUGCCGAUAGCAUAGUUUAUUUCAUAAAUUAGACACAUGGCUUUUUUGCACAGCAUAAAAUGGGAGAUGGAAAUGUUUAACUUACAUAAAAAUGAAAAUAUAUUUUCAUUGGCUGUGGUAAUAAAUAACAUUUUCCAUAUUGUUUAAUUGCACAAAUUUUCACAAAAAUAUAUGAAUGUAUACUCAUCCAAUAAUACUAUUAUUGUCUUGUGUUUCUAGGAAUUGUAGAGUUUCCUUUUUAAAAAUGGACACUGCACUCAUGAAUGUUUCUUGAGUUCAACAAAUUUUCUACAGAAUGAUAUCCUUCACUUUUCCUCUCUAUGAUCUUAGUUUUGUCUUUUUAAACCAGGAAACCCUGAGAGGACUAUAAUUCACUCAAGCAGUAAAAUCUCAGAUUAUGUGUAUUUGAUGGACUUGCUGUGACUGGAAAUUGCCUUUGGUAUCCCACCUUUCAGCAAAUGUAUAAUUGGAAAUGAAAUUGAGGUAAAUAAUGAAAUAAAAGUCCAUUUGUGUUCUAAAAAACAUUGGUAGUAGUUCUGUUAUUAUGAAAAGACUGUUUCAUUGGAUUCUGAGGUUGUGCUUAGGAGUUUGAGCAUUCAUGAGAGAGUGACUGAUGGUAAAUGAUAUGUGGCAGACUGGGGUGUACUGCCCUGAUUUGGGGGACUCAGUUUAUAUCUGUAGAGAAAAUUUAAAAUGAGUGAAAUGGAUUGUGUUCUCAUAUUCUGCAAAGAGAGUAAGUCAGAUUCACUAUCACAAGAGUUUCUCAAAUCAGCAUUUUUAGAGGGAGCAUUUAGUUUGUAGGCUAGGCAUAUGAUUCUAAGGUACUCCACGAUGCUUAAAACACAAAAGGGGAAACUGGGUUAGAAGCAGGCUUGGGGAAAACCUGAGAGUAGCAUGACUUACCUGAAGACUGGUGAGGUAGGCAGAUUUUGGAGUCAGAAAGUUCUAGGUUUGAAUCACAAAUAAAACAUUUUAGAGCUGUGUAGUUCUUCUCAAAUACCCUCUACUUACAAGUUGCUGCAAAGGCUUAGAGCCUAUACAUUUUAAGCACUUAUCAAGAUACCUGACACUUUUUUGGCUCUGAGCAGGUGGUACCUCCUCUUAGCCAUUAUUUCCCAUUGCCUCUAUUGUGGGUGCAAGAUAUCUGUAGCACAGAAAAACAGGACUACUUGGGAGAGGCUGCGCUGGGGAAGAUCAAACUAGCCUGAAUGAGAGAAACUUGGCUAAACUAGAAGUAAACUAGAAUUGAGGUCUGCUGCCUUUUACAAUUAACCCUCUAGGCUGGUGACACACAGCCCAAAGGACAAAAGAGAGCAUAAGAGAUGGUUUGUAGUGGCUCUACUGGUCAUCUGCCAUCCACCAUUGAAAGAGGUGACUGCUUUUUUGGUACAGAAGUAAGGUAUACUUAUAUGUCAGUUUUCCCCAGAAGGCAGACCUUCAAGUCUGUGUUGCUAAAUAUUUAGUUUCCUAUAGCACCCUCUAAUUCACUUUUAAACACUCUUCCACCUCCUCUUCCUUGUCUAGAGAUUUCCAGCUGUCUUUCCAGAGUCCAGUGUCCCUGGCUCUAUCCACAUCUAUGCUCAGCACCUCAUUUUCCACUUCUCUGCUUUUUUCUUACCCGUAUAAAAACUAUGAUAACCAAUAAUGAUGUUUAUGAUUCUCAUUUUAGCUAUGAAGGCUGAUUAUGUAGUUGAAUGUUCUUACAUUAUAUAAGAGGAAAUUGUUGAUCCAAAUGAAUGUGUAAUUGGUGGGGACAAAAGCUUUCAAUUGAGGCAUCUAAUAGAGUUUUCAGAAGAGAAGAGGUUAGCAGGGGAAGGAUGUUGGAAGUGGUUUCUACACCUCUCUUCAAAACCCACCCUGAAACGCUCCACCAGGGGGCAGAGUGCCUCUGAUUUGUUUAGCACAUGCAGACGCUCACCAUUUAGGGUCUUUAAAUCCCUCUUCCUGGACGCUUAGCAAGAAGUGUUAACUCCUCCUGUAGGCUCAGUUAAAACAAAGAUCUAUGAGCCAAGGGAGAGGGGUUUAUCAUUGAUUUAAAAAAGCAGAUUUUUCAGGACUUGCAAAUUCAGGCAGAGGAUCCCUAAAGCAAACCUAAAGUUUUUCUUUCUAUAUGCAAAC